AUGGCUUCCAAAGAAGGAUCACUUACCAAUUCCAGUCAAAGCAUGUCUAUCAACACUCUAGCAGAUCAAGUGUCUUCGAGUCUGUCUUUCGCCGAUCCAAGCAGUGACAGCAAAACCGGUAAUAACAACAACAAGAUCAGCGAGCAAGGAGAGAGUGGGAAGAGUAGCACUUGCAGACCGAGCACAAGCAGUGACAUUAGCGAUGAGAGCACUUGCAGCAGCUUUAGUAGCAGCAUCAACAAACCUCACAAGGCCAACGAUGUGAGAUGGGAAGCUAUUCAAGCUGUUAGAACGAAGCAUGGAGGUUUGGGGUUGAACCAUUUUAGGCUGUUGAAGAGGUUAGGAUGUGGCGAUAUCGGAACUGUUCAUCUCGCUGAGCUGAACGGAACAAGGUGUUACUUUGCGAUGAAGGUGAUGGACAAAACAGCUUUGGCUAGCCGGAAAAAGCUUCUCCGAGCUCAAACCGAGAGAGAGAUCUUGCAGUGUCUUGAUCACCCGUUUCUCCCUACGUUGUAUAGUCAUUUCGAAACAGAGAAGUUCUCUUGCUUGGUUAUGGAGUUUUGCCCUGGAGGUGACUUGCAUACGCUGCGACAGAGACAGCCUGGCAAACGCUUCACUGAGCAAGCAGCAAAGUUUUAUGUAGCGGAGGUGCUUCUUGCAAUGGAGUAUCUACACAUGCUUGGGAUCAUCUACCGUGAUCUGAAACCAGAGAACGUUCUUGUGAGAGAAGAUGGACACGUGAUGCUUUCGGACUUCGAUCUCUCCCUGAGAUGUACCGUGAGCCUCUCAAUAGUCAGAUCAACCAAUGGAUCGGAAGGCUUGUCAAAGAGUUCGGUUUCUUGCUCGCAGCAGCCUUCUUGCAUCCAGCAACCUUCUUGCAUCUCAAUGGCGCCAACUUCUUGCUUCGGCCCUCGGUUCUUCUCAUCUAAAUCAAAGAAAGACAAGAAACCGAAGACCGAUAACGGGAACCACCAGGUGACUCCGUUACCAGAGCUCGUUGCGGAGCCUACAAGCGCACGUUCCAUGUCUUUUGUUGGCACGCAUGAGUACUUAGCUCCGGAGAUCAUCAAAGGUGAAGGACAUGGAAGCGCGGUUGAUUGGUGGACUUUUGGGAUCUUUCUUUAUGAGCUACUGUUUGGUAAAACACCGUUUAAAGGCUCAGGGAAUAGAGCAACGCUCUUCAACGUCGUUGGUCAGCCUCUGAGGUUCCCGGAGUCUCCGGUUGUCAGCUUUGCAGCUAGGGAUUUGAUAAGGAGCUUGCUUGUCAAGGAGCCACAGCAUAGGUUAGCUUAUAAGCGUGGAGCAACGGAGAUAAAGCAGCAUCCUUUCUUUGAAGGAGUGAAUUGGGCUUUGGUCCGGUGUGCGAGUCCACCGGAGAUUCCUAAACCGGUUGAUCUUGAACCGGUUUAUCCUGCUACUCCUGCUGUACCGGCUGCUGCAUCGACGAGUGUGAGAUCUGAUCAGAGCAAUUAUCUAGAGUUUGAUUUCUUCUGA